CCAACUGUUGACUCGCUCGGCUUUUCUUUGGCAGGUUGCAAGCAAGUUCUGUAGAUCUAGCCAAUGGAUCCUAUCACUUCAAAACUUGGUGUACCUGAACCUUCUCCCUGCAGGUACGCUUGUUACGAUGACUUCUAACGGGCAAGAUUGACUUCAAAUGACGUGAGAGUCUCUGUUUCUAAUAGGUCAUUGUCCCCAAGCUACCAUCAGGCGGCAAGGACAAUUCAGGUGCGGAGUUGUCUUAGCAUUUUCAUGCUGAUUAUGGCAAUGAUACGCCUUCGGUCUUUGCAGAGGAAUUGCGGGCGUGGCUUGCUGAUCCUAGGAUACAAAUCACUCUCGCUUCUUUGGAGCGCCUGCAGAAUUAGCAUAUCUGAGUAAUGUUUAGUUCAAGUCGUCAUUUCCGGGCCCUUCAUGAUUUGGAGCUAAACUUGAUUUACUUCAUAAACCUCGUAUAAACCCGCCUAGUCUCGAAUCGUUCAAAUCAACUACUAAGCUCGACCUUACUCAGCUGUACCUUAGUCGUUCGCCGGACUGUCCAAGUAUGUUUCUCUCGAUUGUCGUCGCGGCUUUGGCCGCGCCACUCAGUCUUGCAACUGCGGUGCCUUCAAGACAAUUCGGAACGCGGCAGAGCGGCCUCAAGUUUCCAUAUGGAAGCGAGAAAGUGCGAGGUGUGAAUCUCGGAGGAUGGCUUGUACUGGAAUCAUGGAUCACACCCUCGCUUUUUGAUGCCCUCAAUGGAGCAGCGGUGGAUGAAUGGACUUUCUGCGAGACUCUGGGACCUCAAGAAGCAUAUAAUCGACUCUCAAACCACUGGAAAACCUGGAUUACGCAAAGCGACUUCAAUGACAUUGCAGCGGCAGGAUUGAAUCAUGUCCGCAUUCCUAUCGGGUACUGGAGUGUUAUUCCUAACCCAGGUGAUCCUUAUGUGCAAGGUGCAUAUGAAGUUCUUGGUCAAGCCUUAGACUGGGCUGAGGCUGCUGGUCUUAAAGUAAUGAUUGACCUUCAUGGCGCUCCUGGUUCGCAAAAUGGAUACGAUAAUUCCGGCAGAUACGGAAGUGUGGGCUGGGGUCAAGGCGACACAGUUCAACAAACGCUGAACGUGUUGAACAAGAUUCGUGACGACCAUGCUAGUCAUCCCGCAGUUGCAUCUAUCGAACUUCUGAAUGAGCCAUUACCACCAGCAGUUCCUCUGGACACAAUUAAAUCGUUCUAUAACAACGGCUGGGGGAACCUAAAAGAUUCAGGUGUCGCCAUUGGCGAGCAUGACGCCUAUCAAUCGCCUCUGUCAACUUGGAACAGCUUUGGCCAGGGAGAGUACAAUAUCAUUCUCGACACUCACCACUAUGAAGUGUUCACCAACGAGUUUCUAGCACUGAGCCCCAGUGAGCAUAUUGGCUCGGUGUGCGCAUUUGGCAACCAAAUGACAGCUGUUACUGGGAAGUGGACAAUUUCAGGCGAGUGGUGCGGCGCGAUGACCGAUUGUGCUCGAUAUCUUAACGGAUAUGGCAAAGGCGCCCGCUACGACGGUUCCUUCGGCGGCUCUGGUGCGAUUGGGAGUUGCGCAGGCCUUACCAGCGGCUCCGUUGCCCAGCUUCCGGACGAUCAAAAAUCUAACAUGCGCACCUUUAUCGAUGCUCAAAUUCAGGCAUACGAGAGCGCUGCUGGCUGGAUUUUCUGGUGUUGGAAAACCGAACAAGGAGCUCCCGGCUGGGACCUUAGUGAUCUGAUAAAGAACGGACUGUUUCCUCAGCCCAUCGAUUCACGAAGUUCUCCUUGUGGUUAAGUUCCUAGGACCGAAAAGGACGUUCUAUUCAUCAAAAAGAUACCCACUCGCUUGAGACCAGCAUACCGUAACAUUCAGGGGAAGAAGUGUUAAACUCAGCAACGCAUUUUAGGUCAUUGUACAGAUUUGAAACUACAAUAGUACAAAGUGACGAAGAAGGAAUGAGGGUCCUGUUCGUGAUGGUGCUAUGUUCAAAUCGCGAUGUACAGUGCAAGUAUUAUGAAUGAUGGGUGUCACAUAACCUGAGCUAGGCUUAUGUUUACGUUCAAAUGAUGCCAAAUAUGCAAAAAUUCUGGUGAAUAUCUAAUCGAAAUUCUUGCGCUGGCAGCGUGAUAGGGCUUGAAGUUGUCAUGUCUUGGAGGCGAUAAACUUGCAGUUUCUAGAAAGUGCUGUCGGCGGUUUGCCUCAGCAGCGAAUCACGUGACUUUCGGC